CAGCGCCGGGGGCACCGGGCCGUGUCUGUCCGCCUGCACAGGAGGCUUUGGACAGGAGGAUCCUUUUGCUACAGCCUCAACAGAGGCCUCCUGCUGUCGGCUGCCAAAAUUUCUAACAGAAGCGGGAAUUAAGAUGAAAUAAUCAGUGUUUGCACCUGAUUUCCCCAUUUCUUUAAACUUUGCGAGUUCUCUUCAUCAAGUCCCCCUUCCCCUCUUCAGGGAUUUAAAUGAGUUAAAAUAAUCUAACCGUUCCUAGAUAGGUUUAAUUCAAGUCACAGCAGCCACAGCGCAUUUAGCCAUUUGAGAGCUCGGUUUGGUCAUUCUGUGACAGGGUCUCGUUGCCGAGGUGGGCUCCGGUGACACUGACCGACACCAUGGGAGUGGCAUUGGCGAGAGCGGCUCAGUGGACUGCUGCUGGCUCUGGAACUGGUACACUUGGAAUCACCCCUUUGAACGAAUCCCUUUUAAAUCAAAUCAUUAAGUUUGCAGAGGACUUCAGCACUAAGCAUCCUCAGGAAGCAGCAUUUGUCUUCAGAGAGCCCCUUGAAUGGAAAACGCAGUUGGACUCUUCAGUGUUUGGGGAGGGUUAUGAGAUCAAUGAAGCAACUGUUCAGUCUAAAGCCAAAGAUAAAGAUGGUCAACCACUGUUUGUCCUCUCGGCAUCAACUCUCAGAGUUCGCAGUUUUGACCAGCUGUCCCGUUUGCUACAUAUUGCUAUGGAAAAAAAGUUAAAGGAAACACAGGCAUGCCUUGAAGCUAACCGAGAUCCUAUAGUGAAAAUUCUUGGCCCUGAAUAUGGGUCUGUUAAAGGAGAAGACAAAUCCAUCUUGCAUUUAUUUGACAAAGUGAAAAAAGAAUCUGAUCUUGAAACAGAGUUGAAAAUGAAAAUAAUUCUUCUUCUUCAUCAGCUGGAUUUGCAACUGCUUAAUAGUUCUUUGAAACAGAUUUCACAAGAUGUAAGACUAAAUCCAGCUGCUGUAAAUGAUGAAGUGAAUCUUCUCAAGAAUUUCUCUGGGCAAGGAGAAGAUACUGUGCUAGAAUCACUGGAAUAUACAUCAGAUUACAUGUUCUCUAAUGGAUGCCGAGCUCCUCCCUGGAGACAAGUGCAUGGAGAAAUUUGUUAUUUAGUCAUCAAACCACAUGACACUGAUCCUUUGUAUAUCACUUGCAGCACAGCAGGAGUGUUUUUAAAUGGAGGUCAGCUAAAGGGUAAAGAUAUUGACUAUGAAAGAAAAAGUAAUCUGUAUAAAGACAUAGUCACAUUUUUAAGGGAGAGAUCACCUAGAUUUGUAGAAAAUAUGGCUAAACAGGAAUACAGUUUUUUUAAAGAACCAGCACACGAGAAUUAUCAGCAUGUGGAAGGUGCUGAGAUUUUUGGGCAGUCGCAGAGCUUUCAUGAAUUUAGAAGAAUGACUGUUUGUGGGAGAGGGAAAAGUACUUCACUGGGAUCCCCUGGCCAGAGGUUAAAACCAUGUAUGAAGUGGAAGAACAGUGAACUUUCUGCUUCCCAGAGACCCAAAUCCAGUAGUGACAAGUCUCCAAAAAAAGACUCUGAAGAAGAAGGGAAAAGUAGUACUGUAUCUCUGACUACAAAAAAGAAAGCCAGUGGCAAAUCUAAAAUGGUUAAAAUUCAAGAAGCUUCAAAAUGUAAAGCAUCAAGCAGCCCUGAAGAUGUUGGUGAAAGUUCCUCAGAGACUGAUGAAGAUGAACAGCCUCUACGUCGUCAGGAAGGAAACACUGAUUUGUCAGCAGAAUACUGGGGAAUUCAGAAGCUUGCAAAAUAUGUAAAAGGAGGUGAUCCAACAGCUACUGUAAUUGCACUGUGUUCAAUGAGAGAUCUCAAUCUGUCUCAAGAAACGUGUCAGCUGGCCAUCAAAGACACUGGAUGUCUUGAAGUGUUAAUUAAUUUACUUGAUACAGAAGAAAUUAAAUGUCAGACUGGUUCAUUAAAAAUCCUGAAGGAAAUUAGUCAAAAUGUAUUGAUCAGACAUGCAAUUGCAGAUCUUGGAGGCUUAGAGAUCAUGGUGAAAAUACUGGAUUCUCCAGAUACUGAUCUAAAAUGUUUGGCAGCUGAAACAAUUGCCAAUGUUGCUAGAUUUAAACGAGCACGAAAGACAGUAAGGCAACAUGGAGGAAUCAAGAGAUUGGUUGAGCUGUUGGAAUCUAUUUCAGUGGGAUCAUCAUGCCAAGCCAAAGACACUGAAACAGCGCGCUGUGGGGCUUUGGCACUCUGGAGCUGCAGCAGAAGCACAAAAAACAAGAAAGCAAUCCGUAAAGCUGGUGGCAUUCCAUUAUUAGCUAGGUGGCUCAAAUGCUCACACACAAACAUCUUAGUCCCAAUAGUGGGGACACUACAAGAAUGUGCCUCAGAGCCAAGUUACAGACUUGCUAUAAGGACAGAAGGCAUGAUUGAGAACCUAGUGAAAAAUCUGAGUAGUGAAAACGAGGAGCUCCAGAUGCACUGUGCAAGUGCCAUAUUUAAGUGUGCAGAAGAUGAAGAAAUACGUGACCUGGUUAGAAAACAUGAAGGUCUACAACCACUAUCUGUUCUGCUUGGUAACAGUGAAAACAAGCAACUUUUGGCAGCUGUGACAGGAGCAAUCUGGAAAUGUGCAAUCAGUAGAGAAAAUGUGUUAAAAUUUCAGGAAUAUAAAACUGUAGAAACCUUGGUAACUCUGCUUACUGAUCAGCCUGAAGAGGUCCUUAUAAAUGUCAUUGGAGCACUGGGAGAAUGUUGCCAAGAGGAAGAAAAUCGAGGCACUAUCCGCAAAUGUGGUGGAAUCGCACCUAUAGUGAAGUUACUGACUGCAACUAAUCAGGCCCUGCUUGUGAAUGUCAACAAAGCAGUGGGAGGUUGUGCAAUGGAACCUGAAAAUAUGUUGAUAAUUGACAGUCUAGAUGGAGUCCGCUUGCUAUGGUCAUUGUUGAAAAAUCCUAACCCAGAGGUUCAAGCAAGUGCAGCUUGGGCUCUUUGUCCUUGUGUUGAAAAUGCUAAGAAUUCCGGGGAAAUGGUUCGAUCAUUUGUUGGCGGCUUGGAACUGAUAGUCAAUUUGUUAAAAUCAAAGGAUAAAGAAGUUUUAACAAGUGUAUGUGCAGCCAUUGCAAAUAUAGCUAAAGAUCAAGAAAACUUAGCUGUUAUGACAGAUCAUGGAGUUGUCCCUCUGUUGUCCAAGCUAGCAAACACAAACAAUAACAAGUUAAGACGUCACUUGGCAGAGGCCAUUGCCCACUGUUGCAUGUGGGGCAGCAAUAGAGUUGCCUUUGGAGAGACCAAGGCUGUGGCUCCUUUAGCACGUUACUUGAAGGCAAAGGAUCCAUUAGUUCAUAGAGCUACAGCUCUGGCUUUAUAUCAACUGUCAGAGGAUCCCAACAACUGUGUCAUCAUGCAUGAAAAUGGAGUGGUGAAGCUCCUACUGGCCAUGGUAGGCUCUACAGAUGACGCUCUGCAGGAGGCAGCAGCUGGUUGCAUAGCAAACAUUCGCAGAUUGGCUCUGGCAACAGAAAAAGCAAAAUAUGGCUGAUGCUUCAGCAGCUUUUACCAACACACUUGUUUAGCAAUUCAGCUACAUUUAAAUAUACAAUUACUCCUUCUAGUGUCUGUAUUUCAUAGCAGAGCUCAUCUAUCUGAAGAUAAUUUAAUAAAAACAAAUCUGUGGAAACUUACGUUUAAUUUUACAUUACUGGUUUGAUAAAACACUCAUACCUAAUUUUGUGUGUCUUUUAGAAUAGCAUCCAUCUAAAGACCAUCAGUUAAGAUAUGUUAAAGACAUUUUCUACAAUUUAUAUGUUUUUAUUUUAAUUCAUUGUAGAUAUACAUGGUUUUGCUUAUCUGUGACAUUACAAUAAAUUUUGUUUCUUCGUG